UUAACAGGUUAUAUCCAACAUCUUUCGAGUAUAUUUUACAAUUAAUAGGUGCUACACUUGAAAACAGAAACAAAGAGCUUGGGAAUAAUCCUAUUCCAGCUAAAAAUCAACUAUUAAUGUCAUUAUAGUCAUUAUAGUUCAGGCUACUCCUGAAAGUUUUCGAUCAAUAAGUGAUAGAUUCGGGAUUGGUAAAGCAACUUGUUUUCGUGCAUUGAGAAGAGUCAUAUUUUCUCUUGUCCAAAUUGUGCAUCAAUUUAUCCAAUGGCCAACUGGACGAACAGCUGUCAAAAUAAUGAAAGAUUUUUAUAAGAUAAGUGGAUUGCGUGGCGUUAUUGGAGCCAUAGAUGGGAUUUUGAUAAAAAUAAAUAAACCAACUGAAAAUAGUGAUGAUUACAUUUGUCGGAAAAGAUACCCUGCUAUUCAUCUUCAGGUCACCUGCACUCAACAAUUAUUAUUUACAAGUGUAUUAGUAGGCUAUCCUAGAAGUAUACAUGAUGCUCGAGUUUUGCGCAAUUCAAGAAUUCAUGAGUACCUGGCACACCCAGAUAUUUACUUUUCUGAUAAUUCUUAUAUUGUAGGAGACGCUGCGUAUCCCAUCCACUCAAAUUUAAUGGUACCAUUUAAAAAUAAUGGCUAUCUUACUAGGAGAGAAUUAAAUUUUAAUUGCUGUCUGUCAUCAGCUCGCAUAGCGAUUGAAAGAGCUAUUGGGGUUUUAAAAACAAGGUGGAGGAGAAUAUUUGACAGAUUGUCACUCGUAGAUAUAAUGAAAAUUCCUGAAUAUAUAGUUGCUACGUGCGUAUUGCACAAUAUUUGCAUCUUACAAAAUGAUUUAGUAGAUGAUGAAUGACAUAAUAUUGACAAUGAACUUAAUCCUAUAUCACAAGAUUUUGUACAAGAUGUAAAUAUUGAUACUGCCAUAGCGAAACGUAAUGCUAUAAUGAAUAAUUUGGAAAUGCGAUUUGUUAAUUUAAAAUGAUUAUCAU